UAAUAAUAAUAAUAAUAAUAAUAAUAAUAAUAAUAAUAAUAAUAAUAAUAACAACAGGUUUCCUAAUGGUCCUCCAGGACCAAUUCCUCAAAAUUAUCCCAACAACCCCUAUGGCCCUCCGAGAACAAUGUCUCUUACAAACAUGCCUCCCCAAAAUCAGAGAAUAAACAUGAACAUGAGACCUUCUGUACCCUAUGGCAAUGUCAGGCCACAACCUCCACUAAGAUUCCCUAAUAACUUUUUUCAAAAUGGCUUCACCAAUAACUCACAACAACCUCCACCUCAAAAUGGUCAAAAUGGUCAAAAUGGUUUCGCCAACAACCUACAGCAACUUCCACCUCAAAAUCAAAUGUCUCAAAGACCAAUGCAACCUUAUCCUAAUAACCGCUUGCCAAUGAAUCAAAUCAAUCCCAAUGGUCCUCGCUCAAUGUCUUUAACUACUACAAACAAUUACUCAAAUCAACCCAACCCAAGGUCAAUGUCUUUAACAAACAACUCAAGAAGAAUCACUUCUCCUAAUCCAUCUUCUCCGCUAUAUUCUACUUCCUCUGAUUUUUCCCCAUCAAACCUUUCUUCCCAACCUCCUCAAUUUUCUCCCACUCAAAAUCAACAAGAUCGUAAUUCUAAUCAGCCUAAUAACACACAACCCCCUUUAAACUCCCCAAGAUCAAGCCAAAAGUUAAACUCGACUCUUUAUCAAAGAUCUAGUCUUUCUAAUGAAGUUUUAAGGGAUGAAAAUAAUCAAAAUUAUAAUAAUAAUAACAACAACAAUUUUAAUCAUCUGUUAAAUAAUAAUACUAAUAAUACACCAGAGCCUGCAAACAACAACAAUACUAAUAUAAAUAACAUAAAUAACUCAACCUCUAUCAACAACAAUUCAAUUCAAAAUACAAACAUUCAGAAUACAAACAAUAACUCUAAUAGUAAUGCAAGCAAAAAUUCUUAUGUUGAUGCAAACAACAACUCAAACAAUAAUUCUGCCUCUUAUCUUUCAGGGAAAGAGAAUUUGGAAAGUAUUGAAGAAGUUGCUUCCAUAAUGACAAAACACGCUGAUGAUCAGUAUUACAAUCUGAGCCCACCACACAGUCAAAAAUCAAACAUUCAAGAUGAAAUCAAUCAUCGUUUGUCUUUUUCAAAAUAUCAGCAAAAUUCAGAUUACACACAAUUACCACCAGUAAAUGAAGAUACAACUGCUGAUCUAAAGUCAAAUAAAGAAAAUCUGGAAAUUUUAAAUACUGUUGAAGCAGAUCUGCAACUUGAAAACCAAGAUAAGUUCCCAACUCAAGCAAAACCAUCCUUAAAACUUCAACUUCCAGUAAAUACCUAUUAUGAAUCUCAAAAUCCUUAUCUAGAUGAAGAAAUUAAUGAUAAACAAAAUAAUUUAAUUUCAUCAACUGAAAUCACUAGAGAAGAAAAUAAUAAGUCAGCAAAUGUUAGUGAUGAGAAAAUUAUACUGAAUGACUCAACAUUUUCAUCUCUUGAUCCCAAGGCUCAUCUGAAUAACAAUAAACAAUCUUUGCAAUCCGAUAAAUCACAUCCUGAAAUGACUUUAUCUCAAUCUGCAAAUAAAGAUGAUAACUUUGAGUUGAGUUCUUUUAUUAACACUUCUAUUAAUAAUGAUUUUAUUAUUGAGUUCGAUAAACCGUUAAACCCUCACGUUCAAAAACUUGAUUUUAAUGAUAGCGCUAGUAGUGAUGACAAUGCAAGCAAUAUUACAGCAGGCACACAUAUUUUAAUGGAAAACGAUAAACCUGGAGAAUUAAAUAGUUUAUCUAAAUCGGAUUUCCAAUCGGAUUUCAAAGCUGAUUCCAAAAUUGAUUCCAAAACUGAUUGUUAUGAUACUUUUGGAACCUCUAAUUCUGUUAAUUUCUCCAAACCAAAGGAUAAUACUUCGGUAGCACCCAAAACAACACUUGAUUCAUUUAAACCCAUUAGAAAACCACCACCACCACCAUCUCCAUUAGCAGACAUUACUUCAAACAAUGAACCUUCUUUGAAUGCGAUUGACCCCUCAAAAAGUAAGGAAAUUACCGUGGGCUUUAAUUUGAACGAAAAAGCUAGUUAUAGAUUUGAUCAGACAAAUCAAAAUUCAAAUGUUGAAUUUAAUAAAAUUGAAAACUCCAAAUUUCAAACACCAGUUAUUCAAGGACAAGAAAAAUUUCAGUCUAUUAAUCAUGAUAGUAAUCACGAAGAUAAAAUAAAAACUAUUAGCAGUCCUUCUACCUUUUCUAGCCCGAAUAAUUAUAACAACUCUCCAAUUGAUAGACGACGAAGAAAGUCUAAAGCUUUUUUUAAUAGAAUAGUAAGUAACCAAUCUAUUGAAACAAAAAAUGAAGAAGUAGUGAAAACACCUAAAUCAUUUUAUCGGGGUAGCCGGGGAUCUAUUGUUUCAGGAGUAGUGGGAAAUGAAAGCAAAAUUCAUUCCUCAUUAUCUUCUCCAACUUUGAGCAAAAAGACAUCGAUAAACUCUGGUAAUGAUAAAACCAAAAAUGGAAGCAAGUCACUAAAAGAUUCUUUUUUGAAAAAAAUUUCAUGGAGGAAAUCAAAAGGAAAAAAAGAAAAAGAGUUGGAAGCAAAUGGAAAAAUCAAAUUGAAUGACAAUAUAUUUGAGAUUGUUACUUCUAGUCCUACUCAAAACCAAUUCAAGGAACAAAACAGGUAUUUUAAAAAUGAUAGAAUUUACACUCCUGAAGAAAUAAAUAAUAAUUCAACUAAUAGCGAUUUUAAAAAAUCUAAAGCCAAGAAGGAUUUUUCUGAUCUGGAUUAUAAAGGCCUUAAAAGUCCCACUAAAUUUGCUGAUCAGACAGAACAGCCCAAAGUUCAUGGAUUUGCUUAUGAUCAACAGAAAAAAAACCCAUCCCCUUUAAAGAUGGAACACUCUUCAAAGGUCAUGGAAAGCUUGGUAAUAGAGUCAUCUCCUGUUCAAAUAAUGUCGCUAGAUCCAAAAAAUAGCUCAUCUUCAUUUGUUGAUGGGCAUAAGGAAAAUAUAAGUGAAAAAAAUAUAGGAAUUUUGAAAGAAUUUAAUUUCAAUUCGAUUGAGAAACCCCAAAAGCUUGAUAUUUCAUUGGGAAAUUCAUCUAAUGAUCAUUUCAUGAAAAAUAAUUACUCUAAUAACGAAAAUAUAAACGAACAAAAUGGGCUUGGAUAUUUAAAACUUGAAACUUCAGGGCAAGAUAAUAGGCUUUCAGUUACUUCUGGGUUUUCAUUAUCAUCUACAUUUGAUAAAAUAAACAGUAGAGUUGAAAACGAAUUGGGAAUAGGAAAAUCAGACGCGGAAUAUCAACGGAAAAAUAAGGUAGGAGAGGACAGCAUGGAUCUUCCAUCAUAUUUUUCUAAACAUAAUAAUUUUUCUAAUGAUGAAACUGAAACUAAAAAUACAGAACACAGUUUUGAAUUGAAAAAAAAUAUAAAACCUCUGAUGACAGCAAUUAAAACCACAUCCAAUUCAUCUAACUUAUCAACCAAACCAAAGUUGGAGUUAACACUCGAUCAAUUGGGAAUAAUGGAGGCUAACACAGCACUAAUGAAUGAAUUGAAAGUUAUUAGUAAAGAAUUGAGUGAUUCAAUUGCAAGGGAAUUUAAAAUGGAAGAGGAACUAAAGAAGUUUAAAUUUCGCAGCGCUAAUAAUGAACCUGGUUACAAUGAUCCAAGAAACAAUAGUGAUCACAAUAUCAGUUUGAAUGAUUUAAAAUCAAAAUAUGAGUCUGAAUUAAGAAAAAAAAGUGAAGAAAUUGCCAAUUUUUCCAAAGAGUUAAAUCAAGAACGAAAGAAAAGAUAUAUUGCAGAGGAACACGUUUUACUAUGGCAAAAUGGAUCUGUUCCUCCAAGCAUUGAUGUAUCAUACGAGAAAUCGAAGUUUCAGAGCGAACUAAUUGAAAAGGAGGAAAAAAUCAGUCAAUUAAAUGAAGAAAUCAAAGAAAAAGAAUUGCAAAACUUAAAAAUGGAUCGAAAGUGUAAUGAUUUGAGUAACGAGCUUGAAAAUUUGAAAAUGAAUUUGCUAACUAAUUUGAAAAAUGAAAAUGUUUACUUGAAGAAUAACAACAAUUUGUACCUCAAAAAGUUAAACUUAUCACAGGAGGAGAUUCAAUUGUUGAGAUUUGAAAAUGAACAACUAAAAAUUAAAGCCAAUAUUAACAAUUCCAGCCCCUUAGAGGAACAAAGAAAUGCACUACGAGAGGCUUUGAGAAAUUUGAAGAAAAAACACGAAAAGGAAAUGAAGGCAAACAGCGAAAGGAUUAAGAGUUCGGAAAGCGAACUCAACAAAUUAGCCAAUCAGAAUAGUUAUUUUCAAAAGAAGUUAGUUUCAUUGACUAGUAAUAGUGAUAGUAAUAGUAAUAGUAAUAGUAAUAGUAAUGGCAAUGGCAAUGGCAAUGGCAAUGGCAAUGGCAAUGGCAAUGGCAAUGGCAAUAACAGCUAUAUUAACGGUAAUGGAAAUGAAAAAUAUGGGUCCUCACCGCCAUUGAUUCACAACUAUCCAUUUUCAAGAGUGAUCAGAACAAUGUCGGAUAGCUGAUUGGAGUUUUGUGCAGUGGUUUAUAGAUUUUUUAGCUUCUAUUCUGUUUGUAUUUGCCAGUAGAACUUCGACCAACAAAUGUAUAUAUCAGAGCACAACAAGGAAGAUGGCGUAUCGGUUACCCUCCUAUAUUUUGAGUGCCCAAAGAAAAUUUAGUUUUGAGAGUGUUUUUCCGAGCCUCUUCCUCAUCUUCCGCCAAAGAAGAAGCUUUUCGCUUGACCUAAAACGCGC